UGUACUGUCGGGAACUGUACAGGAGAGGAGAAACAUUCCCGAUGGUGGAGUACACUAGCAAACAGUAUUCUAUAAGUGCAGUCAUUUUGGACUGCAUUAAAGUCUACUAAAGAUAAUAAUUCUCGUUGAUAUUAUAAUAGCCAUGGAUUAAUCUACGGUGAGCAUCAUCCGUUUCGGAAAGACAGUAUAUGCGCAGUAUGCUUCGAUGGAAUAUAAUGAGACGGAAGGGGAUUACUGGGAUUUCCAUAAGUUUGACUUGUGCUAGAUAACUUGGAUUUGGAAUCGCGUCUUCGGCUCUGUUUGUGACUUAAGGUAUAAUUUUAGGAUUUAAAAUGGAUUCUUUCUGUUCGAGUGGAUGUUUAUGACGAGAAUUUUGUUUUGUGGGGAAUUGAAAGAUAUGGUCAGUGCAGUGGUCAGUCAGGAGAGACUGAAGAUUUCCCGCGCCUGCUCUGCGGUGGAGGACUACAGGCGGCCGUGGAAGAACCGAACCAUCUGAGGAGAGCGCGUGCCAUGCCGUUUCAGGGCUCGAGCGGUAGAAAGCUGUGAAACCUGUGGCCAGGAGUUGACUGAGACGCUGUUAUGGGCUUUGCCAUGAGGCACCGCUGGUUCAUGGUGCCACUGCUAAUGCAGGCAUGGCUGUCUGCCACCCCUUGCUCUGGUGAGCGUCCUUGCCCUCGGAGUUGUCGAUGCGAUGGCAAAAUUGUAUACUGUGAGUCCAGCGCAUUCCGUGAUGUUCCCAAGAACCUCUCAGGCGGCUGUCAAGGCCUGUCCCUGCGGUAUAACAGCCUAGCAAGCCUGAAGGCUGGCCAAUUUGUUGGCCUCAACCAGCUCAUUUGGCUGUACCUCGACCACAACUACAUUGCAAAUGUGGAUACACAUGCUUUUCAAGGGAUACGGAGGCUCAAGGAGCUAAUAUUGAGCUCCAACAAGAUCACACUGCUGCAUAACACCACAUUUCACCUGGUACCAAACUUGAGGAACCUGGACCUUUCCUAUAACAAGCUACAAGCUCUAAAACCAGGGCAGUUCCAGGGACUGCGAAAGCUACUCAGCUUGCACAUGCGCUCCAACUCCCUUAAGAAUCUUCCCUCUCGCCUUUUUCAAGACUGCCGUAAUCUUGAAUUCCUUGACCUUGGCUACAACCGUCUGCGGAGCAUCACUCGCAAUUCAAUGUCUGGCCUGAUGAAGCUAACUGAGCUGCAUAUAGAGCAUAACCAGUUCUCUAAAAUCAACUUUUUCAACUUUCCACGAUUCUAUAACUUACGUGCUCUUUACCUACAGUGGAACCGGAUUAGGACCAUGAGUGAAGGCCUCACAUGGACAUGGACGUCAUUGCAGAAGCUAGACCUUUCAGGAAAUGACCUGCAGGAGAUAGAUGCAGACGUGUUCCAGGCCAUGCCAAAUCUGCAGAUGCUUAACUUGGAUUCAAACAAGCUUGUCAAUGUUUCUCAAGAAGCUGUGGAUGCUUGGACCUCUCUGACUGCAAUUAGUCUGGCAGGAAACAUGUGGGACUGUGGACCAGUUGUGUGUCCACUGGUGGCCUGGCUGAGAACCUUCCGUGGAAACAAAGAAAUUAAUAUGAUUUGUGCAUUACCCAAAGAAGCUCAAGGGGAGAAGGUUAUGGAUACAGUUGACGCAAGUGGAGUUUGCAGGGGUUCCCCUGCUACACCAUCAACUGUAAUUAUUCCCUCUACUUCUUUUGUCGCCUUUGCCCAGACCCCUGCCAGCUCUUUUAUCCCAACCAUCAAAUCUGGAGACAGCAGAAGGAGCCAGGGGACGUCCUUGGAAGGCACCCCGUCUUCAGCACCUUCUCAGCCUGCUGUCCCACCACCUGAGCAAGACUUCGAACCGGUGUCUUUCCACAAGAUAGUUGCAGGAAGUGUUGCCCUCUUCCUGUCAGUUGCCAUGAUCCUCCUGGUAAUUUAUGUCUCAUGGAAGCGCUAUCCAAGCAGUGUUAAGCAGCUACAAGAAAACUCGGCUGCUGCUCACAAACGUCGGAAAAAAUCACGGGAGACAGAGCGCACACUUAGCACACCAUUGCAGGAGUACUAUGUGGACUACAAACCUAAUAACACAGAGGGUACGGAUGUGCUGGUCAAUGGGACUGGACCAUGCACCUACACCAUCUCUGGCUCCAGAGAAUGUGAGGUAAGACUCCACACAACUUAUAGUCCAUUGAUAUUGGUGAGAAGAGAAGUCAGUUUUUUAACAGUUUUUAAGAAAUUCUUUCUGUUCUUGUGCUGUUUCGAUGCCACAUUUGGGAGAUUUUUGUUGGAUAAAAGUGUAUGCAUGGGAGGGACAUGUUUUUGGCAGGGUUAUUUUAGCAAGUGUUUUUGGCACAGUAUGUAGUCUGUUUAACUUUGGAUGUGGUGUUAAUUUA